ACGAGGCCCCAGAUGCUGGAGGGUGGAGGUGGGGGUAUGGGGGGGAGCAAUACUGUUGUGGUGAAGGUCUUCCCUCGCCAGGCUCAGAACGUCAGUGUCUUGAACCUCCACUUCCCUUCGCUCCCCUCCCUACUCACCAUGGAGAGACACUUAUGAAGUGACAUGAGUAGCAGCUGCUGACUGAGAUGAAUGGGGACCACAAUGGAGGAAAUAGCUGGAGACUCAGCUCAAGGUGCAAAAUCUCCCAGCCCCUCAUCAAAUCCUGCAGAUGGCAUCCCUAGGAGACUCCUUGCACUCACAAAUAUGACAAGUGAGGAUUACUGUAACACUUACUGGCCUCAGCUCCGAGCUGCUAUUGACAAGCUACUCGAGGGCCCCCCUCCCCCACACCACUUGGGACCAGUCAUUGAAUUUGAGCCCAUGUACUCGGCUGCAUACAAGUGUGUCUGUCAGCAGCACUCAGAGGCACUCUAUAAUGAUCUCAUGUCCCACAUUGAGAGACAUUUUUUCAGAGUUGCUAUACAGUUGCAGGUAAAAAUUAGUAAUGAAAAUGAAAGUCAGCUGAUUGACCAUUGUUUCUAUGUUAUUCAUCGUGCCAUGUACAGUCUAGAUGGGAUUAUUCCAGUUUUUACAUAUUUGAAUAAGGUGUAUGUUUCUACCAAACUGUCCUCAAAUCUUCGAACAGAAUUGCAGAGUCUAUUUUGCAGAACUGUCAUUGACCCUAUUAUUGAUAAGCUAGUAGCCAUAGUGAAGCAAACAAAUGAAACAAAGCCAUUCUCUGUAGCACCACAAGUUAUGGCUUCUGUCAUAAAAAAUCUCCACAAGCUUAAUCCAAAUUACUCCCAAAAGUAUCCACAGGUGUUUGCUGGCUACAUUCCUGGUGUUCUUCCUGCAAUGCGAGAACAUGAACUUUCUAGUUAUAUAGACGAGACUCGGGAACUCCAGGCAACACUGCGGCAGUUCUGGAUCACCUCAAAUGCUCAAGGAAGAAAAAGAUGUUUAGAUGAAGAAACACCCAGUUAGCAUCAUCUCUGCUUAGGAUUUCUAAAUUGUGCUGAAGCUCCAAGGCUGACAUGAAGGCGUUCACCAAACCAUUGACGAAUGUGAACUCUACACAGGUCAGCUAAAGUGAGAGGUUGUAGCCUGGAAAGAAAGAAAUUACUUCACUAGUGACAUAACAUGCAGCAUCACAGAAACGUAUGAAACCUUUGACCUGCAUGGCUUGCAACUUUAGUGACAAAUUGUUAAACUAUGGAAGAGAUGGUAUAUAGAGAUAGUGUCACUUUUUGUUUAUAUAUAUAUAUAUAUAUAUAUAUAUAUAUAUAUAUAUAUAUAUAUAUAUAUAUAUAUAUAUAUAUAUAUAUAUAUAUUAUUUUUAUUUAUUAUUUUUUUUUUUUAAGCCAUUAUCAUCUUUUAUGUUGAAGGUUCAAGCUGAAGUAGCCCUGGGUUGAAUCACUGUACUACUUCAUGUUACUAAGAUAUUAAUAAUCAAAAACUCUAAGUCCACCAAUUAUAACUUAAUCUUUGAGUUGCAUCCACAGUAGGAAGCCAUAUGCUGCUAUGUGAUUUUUUAAUUAGACCAAAUAAAUACCUGACUGUUGCUAAUCUUGACAUAAGAGUGCCUGGAGUGAAGAUACCAUUGAGCCAGUCUGCACUCCAAAGGUUAAAGCCCGCCAGCAGCAGGAGUGUGGCCAGGGAUGAGUUGCCACGCAGAGCCACCAUGUGCAGGUAGUCAGGCGUGGCAGUGGGAGUUCGAUGAUUGACGUUGCAACUGUAAUUGUUGUAGACAAGUUUUUAUUUUGGUUCUACUUCUGUGCAUCUUUUUUACCCAACUACUUCUUGAUAUGUACUCUAGCCUCAAGUUCUUCACCAUCCUCGCAAUCACACUGAAGUAAGAAACAGUGAAACACAGUGAACAUGGUUUUCAAAACCUGUUUAGUAAGAAGAAAGUAAGACACCAGCAUGGUGUUUCAUUUAUACUUUAAAAUUUCUGGUAACCACUCAUGUGUACAUGUUUCCUACUUCAUACUGAUGAAAUGCUGUGAAGUUAUGGAAAGUAUGAAUACUUGAGGUUGGAGAAAAAAAUAAAGUGAAUAAUGGAUGGAAUGUUUAUGAAUACAAACAAAAGAUAUACUGAAAAAGGAAAGACUGUGGGAAAGUGCAAGAAACAAAUGAAAACAGUGAUUACCUUUUGGUGGUUUGUGCAGAGAAGUUUUUUCCUUGGAAACACCCUUUUUUAACACAGGAUGUUCCAUAGGUACACACGUGGUAGCUUCAAUGCCCCUUUAAACUGAUUAAAAUAUGGUGAUAAGCAAACAUUACCAAAAUAUGGUCAGUUUGACUGUCAUACACAGGUCCCCCAAACACUGCUCUUUUGAUUGUUGUUGUUUUUUGUAUGUCGAUGAUAGUUGAUCUUGGAUGAAUAUCAUACCGAAAUGUAUCUUUUUUUUAUCAUUAUCAUAAUAUCCCUCAUUAAGAUAUGGUACGGGAUCACAGAAAUCAUCAGUUGCAAGAUAAAGAAUUACUCAUUCAAGUGCAAGUCAGUUAAUCCUUUACCUAAAGCUUGUAAAUAAGCUAAGUGUUUAAAGAACCGAAGACCAAACUGCCAAAGGGAAAUUUUUUUUCAGAACAGGUUUUCACACCUCUAUGGAACUCAAGUUUCAACACUACAUCAAGACUGCCAAGGAAUACAGUGCAUCACUGGAAGAUGAGAGAAUUUCAAUACCUGCUCAUGCUGACUAAUCAUUAUUCACUAUGUUCACAUCAAAGAAGGUUGGGUAAAGUGUGAAUCACUGAGGUGAUAAUUAUUAGUUGCUUUAAUAUGGUAAGAAAAUUAACAUGCGUGAGUUGCCAACAUAAGAUCAUGCACACUACUCUAAUACUCUACGUAUACUCAAUACAAACUUGCCUUUUCCUGCAAAUGCAAGGUGAUAUAUAAGAAGAAAGCAGAACAGAUAAUUACAAAGGAAAAUAGCAAAUAGAAUAAGAAAAAAAAAUUAUUCCUUCUGCUUUCUUCUUGUUUUAAGAGAAUAUGAAGUGCCAGCCCCUUUGAGGAGACUUAUGACAUGCAGGAAAUGUUUAGAGAUAUGAUCCCAUGUUUUACAGAUGGGGAACAAAUUAAUGACAAUCAGUCAAGUUAUCAUUAAGGAAAAUUCAAACUAAGUUGAUGAGCAGAACAUAGAUAGCUUUCAAUUACCCUUGUCUUAUCAGAAGAGCAGCUGCUUUAUUUUUCUCAAGCAGCAGAGCUCUAUACAGUGGGGUGUCU